AUGGAGGCGGGAUCAAGUGGAUUCUCUGCAAUGGCUACUCCAGUCUUUACUGGAGAAAAUUAUCAAGCUUGGGCUGUCAAGAUGACAGCAUUCUUGGAGGGUCAUGAUCUAUUGGAGGCUGUGGAGAAUGAUUAUGAGAUUGCUCCACUUCCAAACAAUCCGACCUUGAAUCAAAUAAAGUUCCAUAAAGAGAAAACCACAAGGAAGGCCAAGGCAAAGUCUUGCCUGUAUGCUGUUGUCUCACCCCCUAUCUUCACAAGGAUCAUGAGAUGUGAUUCUACAAAGGCAAUAUGGGAUUGCUUGAAGGAUGAAUACAAGGGAGAUGAGAAGAUAAGAAGCAUGAAGGUGCUGAAUCUCUUAAGGGAGUUUGAGAGACAAGAGAUGAAGGAUUCAGAGUCGGUGAAGGAAUACUCUGAUAGGCUGAUUGAGAUAGCUGAAAAGAUAAGAGUUUUAGGGACUGACUUGAAGGAUGAAAGGCUGGUUCAGAAGAUCCUGGUGCCUCUUCCAAAGAAGUUUGAAGCCACUAUAGCUUCUCUAGAAAAUACAAGAGAUUUAGGCGACAUAAAGCUUGCGGAAUUGUUAAGUGCCCUGCAGGCACAGGAGCAAAGAAGACCGAUGAGAAGAGAAGAGCCUGUAGAGGGUGCACUGCAAGCUAAAGUGAAAUUCAAUGAUGGAGGCAAAGGGAAGAAAUGGAAUCAAUCCAAAGGAAAUGCAGGUGACUCCAAGUUUGCAGCGAAAGAAGGAAGUUCUAGUGAGUCCGGCAAAUGGAAGAAGAAUAAGAAGCCUUGUCAACAUUGUGGUGGAACUACUCAUCAGUCCUUUAGAUGCUGGAGGAGGCCUAAUGCUAAGUGCAGAAGAUGUCACAAGAUGGGUCACAUCGAAGCAAUGCACAAAGAGAACAAUCACCAGCAAGCGGGAGAAGCAUAG